UAGCAUGAAUUCCUUGAAAGUACAUGAGCUUGGAAUUGGACCAAUUCAGAUUCAAAUCCUGGUUCUGUUGUGUGACUCUGCACAAAAGACUUAGCCUUUCUGAGCCAUGGUUUGUAAAAUAUAGGGGUAAUACAAAUGACAAGCAAUGGUGGGUGUGGGUUUCCCUGUCUGCCUUCCUUCACCCCAGAGCCCUGGUAGGGACUAUGUCCCCCGCCAUCGCACUGGCCUUCCUGCCACUGGUGGUGACAUUGCUGGUGCGGUACCGUCACUACUUCCGACUGCUGGUGCGUAUGGUCUUGCUGCGGAGCCUCCGAGACUGCCUGUCAGGGCUGCAGAUUGAGGAACGGGCCUUCAGCUAUGUGCUCACUCAUGCCCUGCCUGGAGACCCCAGUCAUAUCCUCACCACCCUGGACCGUUGGAGCAGCCACUGCGAGUACCUGGGCCACAUGGGGCCUGUCAAAGGUCAGAUCCUGAUGCGGCUGGUGGAGGAGAAGGCUCCUGCUUGCGUGCUGGAGCUGGGCACCCACUGUGGGUACUCCACAUUGCUUAUUGCCCGUGCCCUGCCCCCUGGGGGCCGCCUUCUCACUGUGGAGUGGAACCCACGCACCGCAGCAGUGGCUGAAAAACUCAUCCGCCUGGCUGGCUUCGACGAGCGCACGGUGGAGCUCAUCGUGAGUAGCUCAGAGGAGGUGAUCCCACACCUACGAACCCAGUACCAGCUGAGUCAGGUAGACUUGGUGCUCCUGGCACACCGGCCCCGACGUUACCUGCGAGACCUGCAGCUUUUGGAGGCCCAUGCCCUGCUGCCAGCUGGUGCCACUGUACUGGCUGACCACGCGCUGUUCCCUGGUGCACCCCGCUUCCUGCAGUAUGCCAAGAGCUGUGGCCGCUACCGCUGCCGCCUCCACCACACUGGCCUCCCAGACUUCCCUGCCAUCAAGGACGGCAUAGCCCAGCUCACCUAUGUAGGGCCUGGCUGAGGUCCAGGCCCGGGGGCACUUACUGCUGCCUCUCCACCCCCACCGAAGCAAGGACCUCAGAACAUCCAUUCUUCUCCCUGCUUGUGGCCUGACACAUGCUGGACUCAGGGCUGGGGAGGCUGUCCUCCAACCUCUACCCCACUCCAGUUCUACACUGACCUGAGACAUCAAGUUCUAUCAGGAUGCUUGGUUCCAUUGCCCCCCUCCUUCCAGAGAGCCAUGGAUUGACAGGCAAGAGACCUGGGCUCCCAACCCAACUCUAUCACUGAUUUUCUGGGUGACUCCAAGGGAGUCCCUGUGCUGCCUGAAGAUUUAAUCUCUCUUAACACCAAGGAAGCUAGCUGGAAAAUCUCCAGGGGCCUCCUAGCUCUAGGCCUCAGAAGCCUUCCCUUCUCAGCCCAUGCAAUUCCAGUUAGGAUCAGAGGAAACAGUAAACAUUGAGUUAGAGGCUCUGAAGGAAUGGGUACAAGCUGAGCCAGAGAAAAUGGUAAUGGAGCCUGGGCCCAGGGCCAGGGCCACCUCUAGCCCUGGACAACAUGAUCCAGUAGGCUUGCCUGAAGUCCCUUGUAUGCCCUCUCCCUGAAGCUCAAGAGAAGAUGCUGGAUUCCUCUGGGCCCGACCAACAAUUAGGGAAUAGACACGGGGAAAAAAAUAAAAUCAUUCCUGUGUCUUUAUUAAA